AAAUUGUCAUUUUUGACGUUUAGAUAUUAGCAACUGGCAACACUGCUUCUUUCUUUCGCUUGUCAUAUCCGUGGCUAGUGUGCAUUGUACGUAAAUUUUACAAUAAAUUAUUAUAAAAUAGUGAUAUUCCACGAAUAUUUAGCUUGUGGUCACGUAAUCGUUUGUGUUUCAGACAUACAACAUGCAGAACGACGCUGGAGAAUUCGUUGACUUGUACUGCCCGAGGAAAUGCUCGGCCAGCAACCGUCUGAUCCACGCCAAGGACCACGCGUCCGUGCAGCUGGUGAUCGCGGACGUUGACCCCGCCACCGGCCGCGCCGCCGACACUUCCAAGAUGUACGUCGUGUGCGGAGCCAUCCGCCGCAUGGGCGAGUCCGACGACUGCAUCGUCCGGCUCACCAAGAAGGACGGCAUACUGGCUAAGUGA